AUGGCCGACGACGAAGAGCGCGCAGCCAAGGCGGCGCGAGCGAAAGCUUUACUCAAGAAACGUCAGCAGAAGAAGGCAGCUGGUGCAGCAGUCGCCGCUGGUCCGUCGUCACCCGUUACGAGUCCUCCGCCUUCCCGCUCUUUCACACCCGCACCCGCGGAACUCGCCUCUCCGCCACCGCCGCCGCCAACAUCCGCCGCCGAACAGCCAGUGCAGGAGAAGCACGACUUGGCAGAUGUAUUCGACGUGUCCAACGACGGUCCGAACACGUCGGUGGAUUGGCUGUCUGGAUUGACGCGUGCGCCGACGCCUCCGCCUGUUGCGAGGGUGCAGCGGCAUUCACCUCCCGUCGCGAGCCCAGUGGCUUCGCCUCCCAUCAGCGCGUUGACAUCACCGCCGCCGUCUUCUGCGCUGCCGUCUGGGAAGGAGGUGGAGCUGCAGCAACGGGUUGCCGAGCUGGAGAAGGUGGUUGCGGACUUGAGGCACUUCGAAGCCCGUGCGUCUUUUCUGUUGCAGCGGAAGGGCGUGGUCGAAGGCGUCCGAGAAGAACUCGAGCGGCGUCUGCAGGAAUUACAACAUCGCAUUACAGAUGUGGAAGGCGAGAAGAGCGCGCUGUCUGUGGAUGUGGCGCGUCUGAAACCGUUGGAAGCUGAAAUACAGCAACUCGGAGACGAACUACAGGAAUGGAAGUCAGCAGCUGGGGUGUCAGAUGCACGGAUUAAGCAGCUCGAUGAUCAACUCGUUACUCUUCAAGACGAGAAGCAGGCGUUGUCAGACGACGCCGCACGUUUCAAAGCUCGAAAUGAGGAACUGGAGGCUGAACUGCAACCGAAUAGGGGCAGAAUCCAAGAGCUGGAAACUUAUGUCGAGCAGCUGCAUGCUGAGAACGAAACGCUGCAGCAAAACCAGCAGCAGACGAUCUCGUUGUUGGUCUCCGAGAAAGCUCAUCUCGCGUCCGAGGUAGAGCGUCUGGUGGGUUUUGAGGACGAGGCCCAACACACGGCUGCUGCUUUGGAAGCGCAGCAGAAAACGGUCGAGCAACUCGAGGAGCAGUUGCAUCGUCUGCAAGCCGAUGCACACGAGACUGCCAAUCGGAUACAGCAGUCUGAGGCCAGGGAGAAAGAGCUGGCCGAUAAAACUCGGGAUCAGGAACGGGAAAUCACUCUCGCCAACGCGAGUAUUCAAGAAUCCAAGAAGGAAGCCGAGAAGCAACAAAGGAAACUGCACGAAUUGCGCGAGCAGAUUCAAAAUGACGACCGUCUCGAUCGCGCAGAGGCAUCUCUGAAAAACACGCAGAAUCGCGCUGACGAGCUCGAGUUCCAACUUUCAAAGUUGAAACAGGUUCAUAGUAGUGUGAAAUCGGAACGAGACGAAUUCGACGGACAGUUGGCAUCUCUACGAACGAGUGAACAAGAAUGGAAAACGAAGCACUCCUCGUUGUACGAAGAGCACAACCUCCUCCGCGGACAAUUCGAUUCGGCGACUCAGGAGAGAGAUGCUCUUGCAGCCGAGAAGGCCACUCUCCAGUCUCAAGCCGGCAAUGCUCAGCAGACGCUCUCGCAGUUGAACGACAAGCUGAAACAAGUAGCGUCGGAGCUUAUGACUGGAAGUCGGCAGCUGCAAGCGACCCAGACCGAGCUCAAAGCUGCGACUCGUCGAGCAGAGGAAGCUGAGAAGAUGCAAAAGGAUCUGCAGAGCGAGGGCACGACAUUGAUGCGAUCGCUGGACGAGAUGCGGACAAAAACUGUGGAGCUGACGGGCGCCCGAGUCGAGCUUGUCGAGAAGUUGAGUGGACUGGAACACUCGCUGAAGAACCGGGAUGCCACCAUAGCAUCGUUGGAAGGGGAUAUCGACGAGGCGAGACAUGGAAAGGAACAGGCUGAAGAGAGACUGCAGAACAUCCUGGCACAGCACAAGAAGGACAGCAUGCUGGCUCAGUCCAGUGCCGGCGAGCUGCAGAAGGCGUAUGCGGAAUUGCGAGAGGAGCUGGACCUGGCCACAGAUAGCGUGCGAUCUCUCGAAGCUGAACGUGCCUCACAUCGGCAAGAACUCUCUAGGAGACUGGACGAGAUUGAGCACGUUACGAUGGCCUCCAAUGCUCAGCAAGACGAGUUAUCCAUGUUGCGCCAGGAGAUCGCCCAGCGAGAGCAUGCUCGUGAGGAAGAGCAUGGCUUUUUGGACGGAGCUCAGAACGAAAUUGAGGCUCUGAGAGCCGAGUUGACGAGCAGGGACGACGAGAUCGAACGAUUGCUGUCUUCGAAAGCGGACGAGUCUGGGCAAUCGCUGGACGACGAACUGCUGAGUUCGAUGCGACAACAACAUGAUCUCGAACUUUCCGCAGCACAGUCGCGAAUCCGUUCAUUGGAGAAUGCAGUUUUCGAAGCGGAGGGCAAAGCGCACAGUCUGAAGAAGCAGAUGGGCACGCUGGAGGAAGAGCUGGUUCAGGCGCGCUCGAUUCGGUCCAACUCGCCUUUGCCUCGGCCAGUCAGUCGGGCCGCGUCCAGUCGGUCGCAUGGACCCUCGUCGCUUUCUCGCUCGGUGCUCGACCAGAACCUCUCGCUGGAGACGCGCCAUAAGCGCAAAGUGAGCCUCAGCAUGCUUAAAGCUCGGAUCGACAGUGAAGUGGCGGCCGCUGCCGCCGCCCAUGGCCAGAUGUCACAUCCGUCAUCGAGAGCGUUGUCACCGGUUCUUUCGGCAGACGGCAUGUCCCGCCCGGCCACACCACCUGUGCAUGUGCACCAUCGGCGUCCCCAGUUCUUGGACGAGUCGCAUGUAUUCUGGUGUCAUUCGUGUCACGGAGAUCUUGUCAUACUCUAA